AUGAGCAACCCCCUUAAGAAUGAAGAGGCCAAGGCUACUAAUUCGCCACCUAGCCCUUCCGAUUACGACGCGUACCGCGCGGAAGCAGAUCUAGUGGAUUCGCAGAACAAUCUAGUGCUAGCGCGUCGCGAUGACCAAGCAGAGCAGCAGGAGACGCAGGGAGACGUUAGGAGGACGGUCGAUCGGAGGACUCGGUCGCUAUACUCGCAGGAAGGCGACGGUGAGGUGGCGGAAAGGGCAGCGGCGGACGUCAGUGGAAGCGAGGGGGGAUCGAGAAGAGAGGAGCUGCGACUUGGGGGUAGAGAGAGCCUUGAUUUGAACUCAUGGCUCGUGAGCAGUAUAGGCCCAGCCCCCCCUGCUGCUGCUCCUGGUGCCGCUGCUGCUGCGAAUCUGGCUGCUGCUGUUGCUGCUGCUGCUGUUGCUGCAGCGCCUCCUGCUGCUAUGUCACGUGCUCUUGAGUUAGCGGUACCUCUAGGGUCUGAUGUCGCUUCGAUUUUUGCCGCCGCUGCGGGUUCUGCUGCUUAUUCCGGAUUUGCUGCUUCUCUUGCUGCUUCUCCCCGGUUUGCUGCUGCUCCGGCUGCUUCUGCCGGGUUUGCCGCUGCUCCGGUUGCUUCUCCCCUAAUUGCUGCUGCUCCGGCUGCUUCUGCCGGGUUUGCUGCCGCUCCCGCGUUACCUGCUCCUUUAAGCAGAGGUUCUCCCUCUGUUGCUCGUCCCGAUUCAGCGGCUGCCGAGGCAGGAGAUAGCGGUGUAGUACGGGGAGAGAGUAGGAAGCGUCGGCGAGAAACGGUAGAGAGCGGUGGCGUUCAUCCGAGGGGGGGAACUGAGCGGAACAGAGGAGGUGAGGGAAGCGGAGGAGGUGGGGGGAGCGGAGGAGGUGGAGGGAGCGGAAGGGGUGAGGGGAGCGAGGGGGCGGAGGGGAUGGGUCGCGCGGAGCAGGGCGGCGGCAGCGGAGGGUGGCGAUUGGCGGAUCUGAGCGACGAGGACCUGCAGCAACUCACGCGGGAGGAAUGCCGGCGGCUGCUACAGGAACAAGGCAUGCGAAGGCCGUCGUGGACGAAAUCCUUCGCCGUGCAGCAGCUCGCCGCCCUUCGCGAACUUUCGCUGCUGCCGUUCCCGCUCACCGUGCAGGCGCGUCCGCGCGAACCCACUGCUGCUUCUGCUGCGAGAGAGGGACAGAGGGCAGUCAAUACAGGGGAACGUAGGGAGGCAGAAGCAGGAGGGAUAGAGCAGGAGCGGCAGGAAAGGAGGGAAGCAGGGGGGAUACAGCACGAGCGGCAGCAAGAAAGGGGGGAAGAAGCAGGGGAGGUUCGUCUGCGCGGUGGCGGCGAGGUGCGGCAAGACAGAGAGGCGGAGGCGCAAACAUCGGCGGAGGCGCAAGCGUCCGCGGAGGCGCAAGUAUUUGCGGAGGCGCAACUGUCCGCGGAGGCGCAAGUUUCUGCGGAGGCGAGACUAGCGUUUGCGGAAUCGUUUCUGCUGCAUGUCCUGCAAGAGCGCGCUCAACGCGCUCAAGCAUCCGCGGACGCGGAAACGCCCAGGCGGGGGAGCGAUUCUGGGCGUGCGGAAGCCUCUGGGCACGCGGAAGCUUCUGCGCGCGCGGAGCGCCCAUCGCGCGGGGAUCCGUCGGGGCGCGCGGAACCAUGUGGGGGCGGGGCGGAGGCCUUGAAACGCCCGGAAUUGUCUGGUAAGGGGGAAGUGGAAACGCAUGUCCGCCUAGGGGCUUCCACACAGCAAGGGGGGAUGAGCGGGGAAGGGGAAGGGGACGGAAGCGGGGGGGUGAUGAUGGGGGCGCGCGGGGGGAAGAUGGAGAGGGGAAGCGUGGAAGGGGGAGCAGGCGAAAGUGUUGAGGAGCGUGGGGGAGGGAAUGGGGGACGGGGGAAGGGGUUGGCGGAAGAGAGAGGGAAGGAGAGGGGGCGGGUGCGGGGAAGGAUUGACUUAGAGAAUAGUCCCGAGGAGGGGGAAGGUUCUGCGGGGGAGCAGCAGGAGGGAGGGGCAGGGGAGAAGGACGAGGAAGGUGAGGACGGGCGACAAGGGGAGGAAGGAGAGGAAAGGGAGGAGGGAGCGGAGAGUGAUGGGAAGGGGCAGGAAGGGGAAGAGGAGGAUGGGGAUGGGGAUGGAGGAGGAGGGGGAGGGGGAGGGGGAGGGGGAGGAGGAGGGGGAGGAGGAGGGGAAGGAGGAGGAGGAGGAGGAGGAGGAGGAGGAGGAGGAGGAGGAGGAGGAGGAGGAGGAGGAGGAGGAGGAGGAGGAGGAGUAGGAGGAGGAGGAGGAGGAGGAGGAGGAGGAGGAGGAGGAGGAGGAGGAGGAGGAGGAGGAGGAGGAGGAGGAGGGAGAGGAGGGGAGGGAGGAGGGGGAGGAGGAAGAGGGGGAGGGAGCAGAAGGGGGAGCGACAAUGAUGGCAGCAGAGAAGCAGCAGGAGCCGAGGAUGCUAAGGAAAGGGGGGAGGCACAGUUAAAGGCGGAGGCUGAAGCUACAGGACAAGCAGCAUUGCCAGAGCGGCCUUUCCAACCACAGCACGCAGCACAACGGGCAGCGGCAGCAGCAGCAGGAGCCGAGGAAGCUAAGGAAAAUGAGAAGACGCAACUAGAAGUGGAGGUUGGGCCUGCAAGCCAAGCAGCGUUGCCAGAGGCGCCCCAGCAACCACAGCUACAGUCAGCUCUGCUACAGCCGCAACAAGUAGAGCUACAGCCACAGCUUGAUUUCCUAGCAGCAGCCAGCGAGGAUCUGCCCGGUCUUGCAGAGCCUGCCCGUGAACAUUCAGCCGGACCUUUUCUUUUGAGGCAGGAGGAAGUGCAUACGGCUGUAGCAGAGGGAGCGCGUUCACCUGCUGCUGCUACAGCUGUAGCAGAGGGAGCGCGUUCACCUGCUGCUUCUACAGCUGUAGCAGAGGGAGCGCGUUCACCUGCUGCUUCUACAGCUGUAGCAGAGGGGGCGCGUUCACCUGCUGCUGCUACAGCUGUAGCAGAGGGGGCGCGUUCACCUGCUGCUGCUACAGCUGUAGCAGUGGGGGCGCGUUCACCUGCUGCUGCUACAGCUGUAGCAGAGGGAGUUACUGUGCUGGCAGCCCAAAGGGCGCCACUUGCAACGCCUGCUGCAGCACAGGCGUUCCGAAUGCCAGCAGAGUCAAUCCGAGUGGCCGAACGCCUGGCUGCCAUCCCCAUCCCUGAAGCCCUUUCCAGACGGUUCGCUGCCUCCACCUCUGCCAGGCGAUUUGGCUUCCCAGCACCAGCAGCAGCAGGAGGACGAGCAGCAGGAGCUGCAGCAGCAGCUGCUGCGGCCCCAGCGACAGCACCCAUAGCAGCAUCAGCUUCCGCAGCAGGAGCUUUAUCUGCUGGGGAUGUCGCUGCUCCUAUCUCUCAUGCUUCUGCCGCUGCUGCUGCUUCUGCCGCUGCUGCUGCUCCUGCCACUGCUGCUGCUGCUGCCACUGCUGCACCGGAUGCUUCGCCUCCGUCCUCCCCUGCCCUGGCCGUGUCUUCUUCCCCUGCCCUUGCUUCUGUGCCCAAGGUGGAACCCUCCUCUGCUUCCACAUCCGAGACUGGACAGAGUCAAUUAAGUCAACAGCCCGCACACCUCAAGGGGAGGGGGCACCUGGGGGAGGCGUUAUCUUCCGAUACAUCAGGCAGGGAGGAAGGGCCCAUUCCUCGAGCCCAUGGCAUGAGGCUGCCUCAGAGCGUUGUGGAGUCACAGCAGCAGCAGCAGCACUAUCAGGAGGAGCAUCGCCACCACCAUCAACAGCCACAAGAGGACCUCCAGCAGCAGCAGCAGCAGCAGCAGCAGCAGCAGCAGCCGCCGCCGCCACAGCAGCAGCAGCAGCGACAGGAGGGGGAAAGUGCGGCGGAACGCGGGCAGGGGACUGGAGUGGGAGUGCUAGCUGUACCUACUCCAGUUGUACCUCCUGUGGGGUCCUCUCAGCUGACGAUCUUCUAUGGGGGCAUGGUGCAUGUAUACCAGGACGUGCCUUCAGAUAGGGCCCAGGCAAUCAUGCUAUUGGCUGGAUCAAGCACCACCUCCUCCUCCUUCCCUCUCCCCCCAAACCUCCUCACCGCUCAACACUCCUCCAUCUCCACCCCUCGCAGCCCUCUCCCUUCUCCCUCCACCCUCACUCCCCCACACCCCUCCUCUCUCCCUUCACCCAGCCACCCUCACUCACCAGCCUCUGGCCCUUCCUCCUCCUCGGCCCAGUUCCUUUCAGCGUUGCUCCCUGCCCUGCCUCUCUCCUCCCUCCCCUAUCCUUCUGCUCCUUCGGUCUCUUCUCUGUCAGCUGCUCCCUUCUCGCCGCCCUCUGCUGCGCCCUUCUUGUCGCCUUCUGCUGCUGCCUUCUCUUCUUCCUCUGCUCUUUCCCUUGCCUCCUUGCCUACCCAGGUGCCCACCUGCCUCCCUCCUCCUGGCCCUCAGUCCAAAUCUCAACAGCUGCAGGAGCAGCAGCAGCACCCGCAGCAGCAGCACCAGCAGCAGUGGCAGCGGCACCAGCGCCCACACAUGUCUCUAGAGGAGUUAGGAGCAGCCGGAGGAGGGGUUGGAGGUGGAGGGGGGGCGGGGAGAGAGGAGCAGAAAGGAGGAGGAGGUGCUGGAGUUAUUGCAAGAGUGGCUGAGAGGGAGAGAAGAGCCAAGGCGGGGGAAGGGAUCGGCGGAGCGAUGGGGGGAGCGGAAGGGGGGGUGGGCGGAAGGUUUGAGAUAGUGGGGGAACUGACGGGGGGUCUGGCGGCGGUGGUGUGGGCGCCAGACGAGGAGGAGGUGGCGGUGGUAACUGGGGCAGGGCGAUUGCUGACUAUGACUAGCGAUUGGCAGGUGCUGAUGGAAGUGCCUCUGGAGCAACACGAGCCACACGCUUCUGAGCACCAACGCCCGGUCUCCCCCUUCCGCCCCCUUUUGUCUGUUUCAUUUCUUCCUUCCUAUCAGGGACUCCCAGCAAACCAGCAGCUGCCACCUGGAACGUACGGCUCAGCUGGCGCACUGAUAGCUGCUGCUGCAUGCAAGUGGGAGGAGGGAAGGGGGGAGGAGAGAGGAGGGAAGGAGAGAAGAGGGGAGGAGAAGGCAAGGGUUGGAACUGCAGUUCUGCCUGUUCAGGAUGCUUCGUUUCCCGAAGCUGGGUCAGUGCGGCAGGUGGGGAGGGCAGGGCAGGGGAAAGGAGAAAGAGAGAAGGGGGGAGGCGGAGGAGAAGGAGGAGGGGAUGCAAGUCUGAGGGCAUCAGCAUGCGUGCAUGAAAUUGUGUUCUUUGAGCGAAACGGGCUCGAGAGAAACCGCAUGCAGCUGGCAGGGCUGCCCCGCCCACAACCGGAAUCGAACCCGCGACCUUUCAAUUCUCAUUCUUCACUGGCUGGUGCUGGUUGCCCCUGCUGUGGCUGCCACGUGGCAGCAGUUGACUGGAGCAGCGACUCCCAGCUGCUGAGUGUUGAGGUGGAGACCCGUGAUUGGCUGGCCAUUCAGGUAUACUACCGCUGCAACUACAAGUGGUAUUUGAAGCACGAGCGCCGCACCAGCAAGACCCACCCCCACCCAUCCCCACCCUCUUUCCGUCUCCUACCUUCUUUCCUCUGGCACCCCGAAGCCCCCUCCUCCGCCCUCGCCUUCUCCCCUCUCGGGAUCAUCUCAGCCGUCCAUUUCAUCUGGACGGCUGGUGCCUUAGCACCCGGCAAUCCCACCGUUGCUGUGAUCGACGGCCAGGAUUUGAGGAUCUUGUCGCUGCUACUGCAUGGGGGGAAUGGGGGCGCAGGGGGAGGGGGGAGUGGGGGGAGCGGGGGGGGCGGAGGGGGAAGGGGAGGGCUUCUCCCCCCACCGUACUGCCAUAGGGUGGAGGGGUUUCCGGCUGCUGUGGUGGCGGUGGCGGGUGCUGAGCUGGCAGGUGAUGAGGUGGCAGGGUUUGAUUGGUGGGAGGAGAGCAGCGAUGCGUCUGGAGUUGAGAGUGGUACGGAGGGGUGUGGAGCAGUCCAAAAGGGUAAGAAGGGUGGAGUUGAGAUAGUGGGAGCGGUGCUUUCGAACGGUGAUGUGGGGGUGGUGGUGAGACCAGAGGAGUGUGACUGGAUGGAUGAGGAGGAGGAGGACGAGGAGGGAGAGGAGGGAGAUGAAGAAGGGGAAGGAGAGGAAGAGGACUAUGAUGAUGAGGAUUUUCGGCAGAUUAAACGGUUCGUGGCUACUCUAGACAGCAGUGGCACCAGUGGAGGUGGGGGUGGAGGUGGAGGUGGCAGCAGUGGAGGUGGGGGUGGGGGUGGAGGUGGCGCCACCUCCACCACAGCUAGCAAUCCUGCCAGCAGCGGCAGGCACAGCAUAUGGAGGGAUGACAUUGCUCGCAUGCGCCACGCAGCUUGGCUCUCCCCCACCCGCCUCGUGGGCGUCAUUGCCUCUCUGCAUGAAGGGCCUCUAGAGCAGGCUUCGCCUGAGCAGGCUUCAUCUCAGCAGGCUGCUUCUGUUGACUCCGUUGACUUUGUUGACUUGGUUGUAGAGCUUGAGUUGCGACGAGAGAAGGGGUUAAGAAGGGGUGGGGAGGGGGAGGUGCAAGGAGCAGUGAUGAGUGUGGUGGGGGUGGUGGGGCUGAGGCAGAAAGUUGUGGGUAUGGCCCGGGGCACGUGUGCUGCUGUGCACACUGUUUCUGCACCGGCUGCUGCUGCUGUGGCGUUGAGUCGUGCUGCUGGGAUGAAGGGAGGGAACGCAGUGGAAGAGAGAAAAGAGCAUCUGUAUUGGCAGCAGCAAACGGCGCAGCAGCAGCCGCAGGGGCACCUGCAGCAGGCUGUUAAGGGUGGGCCAUCGGUCUUCCUAUCUCUCUUUGAUGGUUCUCUCCUUUGCUAUCUUUCCUCCUCCACCACUCCUCCUGCCAUCCAUGCACCCUCUUCUAUUUCCCCCUCUCCCUCGCCCCUCUCCCUCCCUUCAACGGAGCUGGUGCUUCGAUUCCCCGAGCCAUGCCCUUGGAUUGCUGUGGUGGAGGCGAGGGCUCCUGAGGCCACAGCAGUGUGUGGCGACUGCUCGUCCUUUGUGCUGCACUUCAUGGCAAUUCCCAAGGCUCCUGGAGUUCCCAAGGCUCUCAAGCCCAGUUAUAGUACAGAGCUUGCUGCCAAUGUCAAGUUGUCACGGUCCUUAUCCCCAUGCCACGUCAUCACUCUGGUGUUCACUACAGUGUCGGGUGCUAUAGUCACACGAGACCUGCUUGCUUUGGCUCUAGGGGCGGGUUCUGGUUCCCAGGGUGCAGCUGGAGGCGCAGGUGGUUCUUCAGGUGAUUUUUCAGAUGCUUCUGUUGCGCUCCCAGGUGCACUCCCAGGCAGGGUGUCGGAGGAGGGGACGAGGGCAGGAGUGGGUGGGCUGGCCGGCAGCAGAAAAGGACAAAAGGGGAAGGUGCCGUCAUCAUUGCUGUCUUGUCCUUUGUGGGAAGGCGGAGCGGUGCUGGUGGCAGGGCUUGGGCGGCUGAGGGUGGGAAAGGGUGAGGGAGAGGUGGUGGGUAGAGAGGAAGAGGGGGAAUGGGAGGAGAGAGAGAAGGCAAAGGAGGAAGAGGAGGGGGAGGGGGAGGGGGAGCCGGCAGUGGUUCUCCAGGCGACACGUGGCAGUCUGGAAUUGGUCUACCACCGGGCAUUGGUCCUGCGGGCGGCGGGGCUGCUGCUCAGUCAGCACCGCUUCCGGGCGGCUGCUGAGCUGGCGCGCCGUCACAGGCUGGACCCAAACGUGCUUGUGGAUUUCGGCGGGUGGCAGUCAUUCGCUGGUUUGGAAACAGCCACUAGUGGGGCACAGAGUGAAACAGCCCUUAGUGGAGAGCAGAGAGAGCAGAGAGAGCAGAGAGAGCAGCGUGAAGCGGCCUCUAGUGGUGUGCAUGCGGGGUCAGUGGGCGCUGGAGUGAGGGAGUUUGUGCGGCAGGUGGGGGAGCGGGGGCUGCGGCAUGUGAGUGAGGUGAUCUAUGGUCUGAGAGAGGAGGAUGUGGCAGCGAGAGGGGGAAUGUAUGGUGAGGUGCUGGCGGGGAUGAGAGGAGAGGUAGGAGAAGGGGGAGGGGAAGGGGGAGGAGGGGGUGGAGAGGGAGGAGGUGGAGAAGGGGAGGGGGUAAAGGGCAAGGUGACAGCUGUGUGCACGGCUCUCCGGGCGGCGCUAGAAGCCGAGCUGCCGCCCGGCGCCGUCCGGGACACGUGUGUGCUAAGCACGUACGCGUGCAGUGUGCCGCCGAGGCUGGAAGAAGCCCUCCUGCGAGUCAAGGCAAAACGGAGCUCGGAUGAUCAAUUGGGUUUGUCAAGAGAUGGGCCGAAGUCCGCAGCUGUGCAAGUGGUGAAAAGUGGUUCUGCAACGGUGAAAAGUGGUUCUGCAACGGUGAAAAGUGGUUCUGCAACGGUGAAAAGUGGUUCUGCAACGGUGCAAAGUGGUCUCUACGAUUUAAACCUCGCUGCUUUAGUAGCCGCCCAUGCCCAGUCCCAAAAAGACCCCAAGGAGUUCCUCCCUAUCCUCCGAGGCUUGGCCGCCGAGGCUCCGCCGAAUCGGCGGCUCAGGAUCGAUGUGAGGCUCGGGAGGCUGGAAGGGGCGGUUGGCCAGCUGGUGGCUCCUGAUUCGCCGCUGAUGGUGGUGGGGAGGGGCGGAGGGAGGGGAGAGGCGGAGGGAGAGGGAGGAGAGGGAGGAGAGGGAUUGGAGGGGAAGAGUGGUGAGCAAGUGAGGGAGCAGGCCAAGGGAGAGGGGAGUGAGGCAGCAGGACAGGAGGCAAGGAGGCUAGUGGAGGAGGUAAUGGCAUUGCUGCAAGCACACCCUGAUAGACUGUUUCCUGUUGCUGCUGCUGCCACUGCCACAGCUAUCGCCUCUCAUCCCUCCCUCUCAUCCUCCUCCUCUUCCCGCUCCUCUUUCCCCUCCCCCCCCUCCUCUUCUUCUUCCCUCGCUGCUUCGGCCGUGCCUACCCUUGCUUCGGUCCGAACCUCCAUUCUCAACGAAUGGGCUGAGCAUCUCUUUUCCCGAGCCUCCGAGGCCUCGCUUCCCGAAGCGGCGCUGCUCUUUGCCGCAGCUAACAACUUGCCUCGGGCGCUCCAGGCCUACCGUCAGGCUGGGCAGUGGCGCAAGGCCCUUACCACAGCAGCCAGGCUCGGAUUCCCCAAACCUGAGGUUCGGAAACUCGCGCAGGAGCUUCGGGAGGAGCUUGUCGAGGUUGGAAGGAGGGCCGAAGCCGGGCGGCUGGCGAUUGAAUAUGAGGGUGAUUCGGGCGGCGGGAUUCACCUUUUAGUGGAAGCGCAUUGCUGGGAGCAAGCAGCAGAGGAGGCGGGGAGGAGUGGACAGGUGUCGCUUCUUGAUUCGCUGAUCGUUCCAGCAGCAGUGGAAGCAGCAAGGGGCAUGCUAACAGACAUGGAUGAAACACAGGGGAAAAUAACAGCCUAUGUUCGCCGGUUCGUUCAUCCUCUCAUCUCGGGUGAGCACAGCCAGUGGGUGCACGACCACCAGCAAGUCUCAAGGCACUUUUACACCAGCAAGUCUUGGAUUCUCGUGCUCCAACCCACUUUCUCCCCUGUCGUCCCCUUCACCCCCUACGAUCACCCACAGUUCAUCCUCUCGUCUCAGGUAAUCCUCCCAAGUGAGCACAGCCAGUGGGUGGGCGGCCAGCAACAAGCCUUGAUCCGCCUCAAGGUCAUCCUCCCGAGUGAGCACGGCCAGUGGGUGGACGGCUACCAGCAAGAAGGCGAGUGGCAGAGCGGCCAGGAGAAAACAACAGAAGGCGGACAAGGGGAGGCGGAUUCGCGCUGGCAGGUCAGACGUAGGGGCGUGCUGGGGGAGGGAAAGGGGAGGGGUGGGUUGAAACCAGAUUGGGGAAAGGCCAGGAGAAAACAACAGGAGGCCGACAAGGGUCCUGAAGAGGAGCAAGCAUUGGUCGAGCACAUUCGGAUGCUCGGCCCCUCUUCCCAAACCUUGGAGGAGGUUCGGCAGCUGCUGGAGCUGCUGACAGGCUCGGGGCACGAGCCUUUGGCUCGGAGGCUUCAGACGCGGGUCGCUCCCGACCUCGGGAAGACUCUGAAAAUGGGCAUCCGCGCGCGUAAUGCAGUUACACUGUGGGCGGUUUUCGCGAGCAGCGCCGGCGUCGCCGCGCUGCUGGUCGCGUGUCUCCUGAGCGAAAGCGGGGCGAACUUCGCGAACGCGCAACCCUCCGCCGCGAGGGAGCCCGACUGGGUGGCGCAGAUGCUGCAAAACACCGAGCCAGACGCGCAACCCGCCCCCGCGGAUCUCGGCUGGGUGGAGCAGCUGGUGCCGAAUUCUGAUUCGUCGGCGCAAGACGCAUCCGCGCAAAUCCCCCCCGCGCAAGGGCCUCCCGCGCAAAUCCCCCCCGCGCAAGGGCCCCCCGCGGACGAUCCCGACUCAGAUGACCAGGAUGAGGAGGACGAUUCGCGUCCUGACUUUGCUGGAGAAAUUGACCCCCAAGACUCGGAAGGUCAGGCGGAGCCUGACUGGGAGGCGCAGAUGCAGUCUAUUCUCCAGCAGGUGGCGAAUCGCACGUUCCUCUCCUCCUUCGGCCAGAUUUUCGCCAGUUACUUCCAAUCGGAGCAACUGUAUAUCGAUCAGGAUGCAACCAUCCUCAUUCCCACCAACAUUGGCUACUGGCGCUACGAAACCCAGUGGGACACUCUCACCCGCAAGCAGAAGCGCCGGUUACUCCGUUACCACAUUCUCAAGGGACGUUACACCACGCAGCAGCUCCUGGACGCCACUCCGCUCACGCUCUUCCCAACUUUUAACCAGAACCUGCCGGUGAACAAGACUCUUAAGCCGAACGAAGUGUAUUUCCAGUCGGUUCCGCCGACGAGGUUCGUGUCGCCGCUGAGCGUGCCGAAUGCGGGACUGACGGAUAACAUUGCUGCGCAUGGCGUGACGAUGGUGCUCAUUCCGCCCAACCUCAACUAG